AGAGACGGAGAGACGAGUCCUCUCCGUCUCUGCGCCAUUAUUCUCUGUCCUCUUCCCCCCUGGUAUAGAGCGACUGUAGCUGCCACACAUAUUGUAUCAUCUGACAGGAACAUACCGACGUGUAAACCUCCAGCAGCGUUCUGUUUUCUUUCCAGCUGUCAAAAUGCUAAUAAACACAAUGCUUAUCAUGGUGUAGCAGCGCUGUGAAAAGUGCAGCCGUGAAAGUGUGAGUGGUGUGCCGGUGAAUGAAGGGGCUCUCCAAGCAAAAUCAUAACUAAAGAGGGGUGAUUGAAAACUUUUUUUGAAAUGUUUGAAGUAGUUCUAGCACCGGCUCAGAUACCCACAGCCAACUGCCCUUCUUUCAGUCGACAACACAGUCAAAGGCUUAGAAUGAAUAUACAGUAACCAUCGCCUCCCACGUGUUCCACUGAGGCUGAUCUGAGACGAGCGCCUGACGCAGACUGGAGGUGUUGCUGCGCCGAUGAACGACCGGACACAGGCACCGUGAGAGAAACCCUGUUCGAGAGCACACAGACAGCACAGUAAGAACUUUACAUAACACUCGAAUGCGAGUUUAUUCAAGAAAAUUCUUUGCCCCGAUGUGUGGUGCACAGGAGGGAUUUUUUUAGACAAGCGGUGUGAAAAGCAGGGCGUGCAGAAAUUCCCUUUUUCUGUAUUUCACGGCAGAGAAAUUCAAAAAAAAAAAGAGUUGAACAGGUCACGCUGGAAUGUGAAAUCUGUUUAAUCCUCUGCUGAAAGCUGGUAGGCGCUGGAUCUAGAGGCAGACAGGAGGUCAAAGGGUACGUGAAUGACAACCACCCCCCCCCCCCCCUCCAACCCCCCUCCUGCUGCAAGAGCUGCUUUCAAUCUUCGGUGCAUACUUGGCUGAAAGAGCAGAUACGCAGCCGCAGAUCGAGGCGUGAGGCUCUACAGUUCCCUGCCCAUGCGCCCAAACCCUGACGGCAAGAGACUGCCCUCUACUGGGUUUGAUGGUGACAACAUGUACAUGAAUGAGAACAACCAUGAAUUCCUCGCCCCAAACCAGAUUGUAUACAAAGAUGGAGGACAACGGAUUGCCCCCUGGUGGUCGGCUGCAGUUGACGUCUUAAACCCCGCCUCCUUCAUGUUAGCAGAUGGGACGAUACAAAAAAGCUACUCAGGUCAAAGUGGCGGCGGCGGCGGGGGAGGAGGAGGCGGCGGAGGCGGCGGCGGCGGAAACGGGGACGAGGACUACGAGAUCCCCCCCAUCACUCCGCCGAACCACCCGGAGCCCCCUCUGCUUCACCUGAUGGAGCACGACUCUACAGGCUACCUCUGCCACUCGCUGCAACACAAUGGGCUCAUCAACCCGUACUCCUACCCAGAGCUGCCCACACUCAUGAUGUCGAACAUGCUGGCGCAGGAUGGCCACCUCGUUUCCAGCCAAAUGCCCUCGAUGCAGGAGAUGGCUUUGCACCACCACCACCAACAGCAACACCGUCACCAGCACCCGGGCGGCGCUCAUUACAACCCGGCCCAUAACCACCCCCUGAUAAACAGCUCAAUGUCCAACCCCAUGAGAGCCCUGUCCCAGCUGAACUCUCAGGUCAGCCGCAGUGCGCUGCCUCACGGCUCCCCCUCACCUCCCGGAAGUAAAUCGGCCACACCCUCUCCCUCGAGCUCCAAUCAGGAAGAGGAGACUGAUCCUCACGUGAAGAUCACAGGCGAGAAGCGGCCAUCUUCAGAGAUGAUGAAGCCCAAACCCAAGCCCCAGAAAAAGAAGAAGAAGAAGGAUCCCAAUGAGCCCACCAAGCCUGUGUCCGCCUACGCUCUGUUCUUCAGGGACACCCAGGCAGCCAUUAAAGGACAGAAUCCCAACGCCACCUUCGGCGAUGUAUCCAAGAUAGUCGCCUCCAUGUGGGACGGACUGGGAGAGGAGCAGAAACAGAACUACAAGAGGAAAACAGAGGCUGCGAAGAAGGAGUACCUGAAAGCCCUGGCCGCCUACAGAGCCAGUCUGGUUUCCAAGACGUAUAACGACCAAGUGGAGACAAAAGGCGGCCAAUCCAGCCAGGGCUCUCCACACAUGAUGUCAGCCAACCCGCCCCUGUACAGCGUGCCACACCCCCCCCAGCCGUCGUCCCCCUACCUGGGGCCCGGGGGCUUCCCCCUCACCGACCUGCAGAGCUACGCAGGACACGCCCCCCGCCACACCCUGUCGCAGACGCUCAGCCAAUCGCAGAUGCUGCCCAGCAUUAGUGCCUCUCCCCCUUCCUCCUUCCAGAUCAGCCCCCCACUCCACCCCCACCAGCAGCUCUCCCUGCACCAGAGCUCGCUCCUCAACCAGCCUAUCCGCAUGCAGCAGUCCCAGCCAAUCAUCCCUCACCAGAUGGGGCUGCAGGCCUCUCUUCACUCCCCGCCUCAUGGGCAGCAGGGUUUCUCCCACCUCCAGUCAGAGUAUCAGAAGAGUAUUGGUGGUUCCCAGUCUCCAGGAGCCCCUGGUCCUGGUCCAGGCCCUGGAGGGCCUCAGGGCCACGACUGGGACGGUGAAUACUGCAAUCGGGAGUGUGGCAACCACUGCAGUGGCAGCAUGAUAGGCAGGGACAAGCCACUCUACCUCACCUGAAACUGAAGAUCUCUGUCAACAAAUACGACACCGAGGAGUCUACUGUCGCCCCCCCCCCCUCUCCCUACCACCAACCAUCCCCCUCUCCCAUUUCUCCCCCUCUUCUGAUGCACACGCAUAACAUACACACACAGUGCACACUUAACAUACAAUUACACACUCCCACAUGCAAACAGACACACACACGCACACACAGAUUCUGCCUCCCAGACACCAUCACACACACCACCACCUUUAUUUGUCAAUGUAACUAUUAUUAUUUUAUUUCUCAGUUUCUAGAAGAAUUUGUGACCGGAGUUUUUUGACUAGAUGACUACUGUCUGUACCACUUAAUGUAUUAGCAGUCCUCUCGCUGUAUUCAAUUUGCCAAGCACUUACGAAGCGACGCCCCCCCCACCCCACCCC